AUGGUGGUGAAUCAAGGCCAAAAAUUUCCCCAAACUAAUGAGACUAAUAAUAAUCUUAAAACUCAAGAAUAUCGGAAAGGGCGCUUUACAGAAGAGGAAGAUCAAGAUUUAAUAAAAUUUUACAAUAUGUAUAUUGAAGAUCAAAGGAAUAAAAUUUUGGCUGUCAUGGAACCUCAUCUGAAUAGGAAUUCGAAAUCUCUGAGAGAGAGAUAUUGCAAUCACCUUGAUCCAAAUGUUGAUCAUAGUGAACUUACUAAAGAAGAGAAGUUAAAAAUAAAAUUCAUUUAUGAAUCUCUAAGGACUACAUCAUUUUCUGAAAUUGCUCGUAUUCUUAAUCAGAGCAAUGUAGAAAGAAACGAGAAACGUCGCACGGACUUUUUAAUUAGAAAUUAUCUUUCUCCUAGAUUAAGAAAAGAGAAAAGAAUUAAAGAUAGAAUGUCAAUUACAAAUAUAUUGAAUAAUUGA